AAUAAAAAGACACCAACACAAUUGUGCGCGUACGUGUGCGGCGGUGGGGAGCUGUGAUAGCGCGAUUUUUGUUAUUUCUUUUCAUCGGCUCCGGCGCGUCACGGUGAGCGAAUCAAAUACGUACUGCGCGCGUAGCGUACGGCACCUAUCUGCACGCAAGCGAUGCUCGCAUUUGCACGGCUCACGGCGGCACACUCGUUUCAGGACCUACGGCACCAGCAGUGAUACGACGACCGUAGCGGACACGACCUGCGUUUCCGGGUGCGCGACAUGCGAAUGGAUCAACGUCGUCCGUCUUAAAACCGCGACCGCUUUCCGCCGAACGUCUCCCUUGUGACGUGACAUAAUAACAGCGUAAGAGCAUCACCAGGAAGAGUGCCGGUGCUUAGCGACAUGCUCAAAUUCAUUCGCGGCAAAGGCCAACAGCCUUCGGCCGAACGCCAGAAGAUCCAAAAAGAUUUGUUCGCCUUCAGACGGACUUUACAGUAUGGAUUUCCAAACAAACCAACAGCACUUGCUUGGGACCCAUUAUUACGUGUUAUGGCUAUUGGCACUUCAACUGGAUCGAUUAAAGUAUUGGGUAAAACUGGCGUUGAGUUUUAUGGUCACUUACCAUGUUCUGAUCAAGCGAUUACCAAGUUAUUAUUUAUUCCUAAUCAAGGUCGGUUGGUAUCAUUGUCUGACGACAACAGUCUUCAUUACUGGGAAAUAAAUGACAUGGCCAUUGAUGAAGUCCAAUCAUAUCUGUUAGAGGGAAAACUUAAGCAAAUAUCCUCAAUGUGCUUGGAAUCAAGUUGUGAACAUUUGUUACUUGGAACUGAAGGGGGAAAUAUUUUUUUUAUUGACUUGUCUACAUUUGAAUUGUCGGAUAAUAUUAUUUAUCAAGAUGUUGUGAUGCAAAAGGUUACAGAAGAAUAUAAGAAAAAUCCUGGUGCUGUAGAAGCCAUAGCGGAACAACCCGGAAAUCAAAAUCAUAUUUUGAUAGCUUAUAAUAGAGGGUUAAUUGUUUUAUGGGAUCGUUUGAACUCUGUGGCCGUAAAAACUUUUGUAAGUAGUCAGCAAGUAGAAAGCAUAUGUUGGGAAGAAAAUGGAGAAAGCUUUUAUUCGUCCCACAAUGAUGGGUCAGUUACACUUUGGAAAAUAAAUGAAACAUCUGAUGAAAAUGAAAAUACUAAAACAAUUUAUGGACCAUUUCCAUGUAAACCAAUUCCUAAAAUUGUUUGCCAACAAUCUGCUCAAGACCUCAAUGAAAAAUUAUUAAUUUUUACUGGAGGGAUGCCACGAGCAUGUUAUGGUGACCGUCAUGCUGUUACUGUACAAUUAGGAACUGCUAAACAUGUAGCUUUUGAGCUCACUUCAAAAAUUAUUGAUUUUUUUACAACAACUGCUUCAGUUGAUGAAAAAGGUUGUAGUUUCCUUAUAAUUCUUGCUGAAGAAGAAAUAGUUGGUAUUGAUUUAUCUACUGAAGAUUGGCCUUUGAUUCAGUUACCAUAUCUUGUAUCAAUUCAUGCAAGUGCUAUCACAUUUACUACAUAUGUUUCUGAUUUAAAUGAAGACUUAUGGAAUAACAUAAUAGCUGUUGGAAACCUACAAAAUGAAAAUAAUUUUUCUUCAAAUGAAUGGCCUGUUGAUGGUGGUGAAGCUAACAUUGAUGAUGAACAAAGCAGAGACCUCUUAAUAACAGGCCAUGAAGAUGGUUCUGUUAAAUUGUGGGUUGCAAAUGCUACACCGUUACUUCCUAUAUAUGUGUUCAAAUCGUCUUGGGUAUUAGUUGGCGAUGAUGCUGAUAAUCAUUCCAGUAACAGUGUAGUUCCAGAGGAGGAAGAAGAAGAAUGGCCACCAUUUAGAAAAGUUGGAAAUUUUGAUCCUUAUUCGGAUGAUCCUCGAUUAGCAAUUAAAAAAGUUAUCCUUUGUCCUCGGACUGGUACAAUGAUUGUUGCUGGUACAGCUGGCCAUGUCAUAAUUUCUAAAUUUAAUGAAGAAUCAUCUUCUAAUGAAAUAAAAGCUGUACAAAUGAACGUUGUUGGAGAAAGCUUUGUAUGGAAAGGUCAUGAACGUUUAAGUUUAAAACAAACUGGAGAUGAAACUAAUAAUAAUAAUGGCAAAAAUAUGACUUGUCUUACGUUUAAAGCUGGAUUUCAGCCUUCGUCUGUUUUACAAGUAUAUCCUCCAGCAUCAAUUACAGCUGUUGCUUUACACUCAAAUUGGUCUUUGGUUGCUGCUGGUACAGCUCAUGGUCUAGUGCUUUUUGAUUAUUAUCGACAAGCUCCAGUGUUGACAAAAUGCACUUUAAACCCUAAUGAUUUGUCUACUGCUGGAGAUACUCCUAUAUCCAGAAGAAAAUCAUUUAAAAAGUCUUUAAGAGAAUCAUUUCGAAGACUACGAAAAGGAAGGAACUCUACUAGAAUUGCUAAUGAUAAAAAAGGAGCAAGUAUCACACCUGAUAAAAAAAGAGAAAAUUCUGGGACUUUAUCUCCAAUGGAAGCACGACCUGUAGAACGAGCAAUUGAAGCUAGACCAGUUGAUGAUGCUUUAGGAAGUAUGGUUCGUUGCUUAAGUUUUACAAAAACAUUCAUUGUAACAGCAUCACACAUUACUCCAACAAUGUGGGCUGGUACCAAUAGUGGUUCUGUAUACAUUUUUACCAUUAGUAUACCACCAAAUGAUAAACGAAAAGAAAGACGAGUUACUGCCCAAUUAGGAAAAGAAGUCCAAUUAAAACACCGUGCACCUGUGAUUGGAAUCACUGUGAUUGAUGCAGAAAAUCGAUCAGUCAUUGAAGUCCAAGAAAAUAGUACUCCAGGUAAACCUUUAGAUAUUUGUGGUCCUCACAAGGUUAUCAUUGCAUCCGAAGAACAAUUUAAGAUAUUUUCUUUACCUAAUUUAAAACCAAUGUGCAAACUUAAACUAACAGCAGCUGAAGGUGCUCGAGUUCGACGAAUGUCAAUGGCUUAUUUCAAAAUAAAUGAUUAUGCAGAAAGUUGUCUUCUCUGUUUGACUAAUUUAGGUGAAGUAAUAGUACUUAGUGUACCAGACCUCAGAAGACAAAUACAUGCUGCAGUUAUUCGUCGAGAAGAUAUCAAUGGAAUUUCAAGUUUAGUGUUCACACGCUAUGGAGAAGCUUUAUAUUUACAUUCAAGUAGUGAACUUCAGAGGAUUUCUGUAUCUGCAACUAGUGUUACACAAGUUGAUUGUUCUUUAAACUUACCUGAUAGAGAUCGAACCCCACAGAGUAGAUCUAUUACGCCUAUUAAUGGGUAUACUGAUGAUGAACAAGAAGAUUCUCCUAAAGUAAAUGGAUUAACAAAUGGUACACAAGAAAACGGCGAUAGUAAUUCACAGUUAAACAAUAGCAAUGAUCUUUCUGUUGGGGAUAUUACAAUUGAUUCUAUUAAAGACCACUUAGGAAAUUCAAAUUCCAAUUUGAAUUUAACAUCAACAUCAAACAAUGUUGAAAUUAAUAACCAUCAGAAAACCGUCACUAAACAUGAGUUAUCUUCGACUACUACAACUACUGUGAAGACAUCAAAUUCGACAACAGUGAUUACUAAUGAAACUAUUACUGUUGACAAUAUAUCCACAAGUUUAGUUGUAGAAGAUGAUCCAUCAACACAGGCCAAAUUUGAGAUACUUAAGGCUCCUUUAGCUCUUAUGGAAGACCUGGAAGUAGAGACAGCUGCAUAAUGUGAUAACUAAUAAUGCGUGUGCGAUUAACUCGACA